UGCGUAGAGUGUGUAGAGUGGACCCAAAGCAUCCACACACAGCAGAGGCUCAACCGCACCUCUCCAGCUGUGUCUGUCUCUGUGUCUCUCCAUGUGAUCAUUUCAGGUGAAGCCAGUCGGGUGGAUGCAUGCUUGCAGCAACACCUCUGAAUCUUACUUCUGGACUUUCACAGCAGGAGCUCUGACCCCUUUGGUGGGCAAAUUGGCGUAGCAUAUUGGCUCUAGCCUCCGUGGACAGGGCCAAGACUAGGAGCACCAUCUCGGCUCUUGGGUGGUGGUUUGGUGGAGGUUUCUGCGACGGGUAGUUUCAUACGGUCCCUGUAGUACCUGACCCUGGGGCGAACCUGUCCCAGGCCUAGUAAGAAUCCUGUGGAACUUUUCUGAAAGCUUCACAGACAUACCAACACAAUGCCAGGGUCUGUAAAGUUACGAAGUAUCAAAAAGUUUGGGCAGGAAAAUAAUGCCUAUGACAUAGCAGAUGAAGGCCAAAAUGGAGAUUACAUGACAAUGUCGACAUCAAAAGACACCAAAAACACGAAGGACAAGAAAGAACAACCAGCCAUCCGGGUUGGGUUCUUUCAACUGUUUCGCUUUGCCAGCUGCCGCGAAAUUAUGAUGAUGAUCACGGGCAGUCUAUGCGCGGUUGUGCACGGUUCAGCGCAGCCGCUAAUGUUGCUGGUUUUCGGGAUGCUAACGGACACGUUUAUUGAGUAUGACAUCGAACUACAAAUGCUUGAAGACCCGGGGAAGCACUGUUUGAACAAUACUAUCCAGUUUCGUAAUCUCACCGAAGAAGAGAACUUGGAGCUGAAUAUGACUAGAUCUUGCGGCAUUUUAGACAUUGAAUAUGAGAUGACCAACUUCGCGUAUUACUAUGUUGGCAUUGGAGCAGCUGUGUUCAUUCUUGGAUAUUUUCAAAUCUCCCUCUGGGUGACUGCGGCUGCGAAACAGAUCCAGAUCAUCCGCAUGAUGUACUUCAGGAAAGUGAUGAGGAUGGAGAUCGGCUGGUUUGACUGCAACUCUGUGGGGGAGCUCAACACACGCAUGUCUGAUGACAUCAACAAGAUAAAUGACGCCAUCGCGGACCAGGUGGGCAUAUUCAUCCAGCGCUUCACUACCUUCGUAUGUGGCUUCCUCAUGGGCUUUGUCAAGGGCUGGAAACUCACCCUCGUCAUCAUCGCCGUCUCGCCGCUCAUUGGAGUGGGAGCCGCUCUCAUGGCACUGUUUGUAGCCAAGCUCACAGGGCAGGAGCUGCAGGCCUACGCCAAGGCUGGAGCGGUGGCAGACGAGGUCCUGUCCUCCAUCCGCACCGUGGCUGCCUUCGGAGGCGAGAUGAAGGAGGUGGAUAGAUAUGACAAGAACCUGAUCUCUGCCCAGCGCUGGGGCAUCAGGAAGGGCCUGAUCAUGGGCUUCUUCACGGGUUACAUGUGGUUCAUCAUCUUCCUGUGUUACGCUCUGGCCUUCUGGUACGGCUCCAGCCUGGUGGUGGAUACCCAGGAGUACAGCCCCGGCACCCUGCUGCAGGUGUUUUUUGGUGUGUUGAUCGCGGCGCUGAAUCUUGGCCAGGCGUCUCCGUGUUUGGAGGCCUUCGCCUCUGGCAGAGGGGCGGCGACCAUCAUCUUUGAGACGAUCGAGCGGGAACCAGAGAUUGACUGCCUGUCGGAGGCUGGCUACAAACUAGACAAAGUGAAAGGAGACAUUGAGUUCCACAACGUGACCUUCCACUAUCCCUCCAGACCAGAAGUCAAGAUCCUGGAUCAGCUGAGCCUGCCGGUGAAGUCAAGUGAGACGACUGCGUUUGUGGGUCCGAGUGGAGCGGGGAAGAGCACAGCCAUCCAGCUCUUCCAGCGUUUCUACGACCCCAAAGAGGGCAUGGUACCUCCCUGCUCUUAAUAUUUAGUCUUUAAG